AUGGUGGCGCCCGAAGACGACACUCGCACAUCAACGUUAAUGCUAAAAGUACAAGAUGCCCCGUGCGAAGAAGAGAACAUGGAGUAUCCCGCCGGCUUUCAAUUCCUCGUGGUACUCCUUGCCAUGUGCAUGUCGUUGAUCCUCACUGGCUUGGUCCGUUUUCUUGUCCCCGAAGGCUACCUAGCGUUGCCAACUAUCACCACGCAUUUCGGUACCAUUGAGGAUGUUGGUUGGUAUUACUCGGCAUAUCGCUUGACCUCCUGCUCGCUUCAAUUCAUGUUUGGCAAGCUGUACCAUCUAUUCUCAGUCAAACACGUGUUCCUCGCCUCAGUCGUCAUUUUUGAGAUUGGGUCGUUGAUCGCCGGUGUAGCACCUACUUCUGCCACCUUGGUUUUGGGACGUUCUAUCUCUGGGAUGGGCUGCGCGGGUAUCAUAUCUGGAGUAUUCACGUUCGUCUGCACUACUUUUAUAUUGAACUAUAGCAUGGUAGUGCAAUGCUUUCCGCUUCGUCGACGUCCGUUUUUUACUGGUAUCGCGGCUGGGGUUGAGGGUGCGUCGGCGACUGUAGCCCCGCUACUUGGGGGAGCAUUGACCGAUUCCAUCUCAUGGAGGUGGUGUUUCUAUAUCAAUUUGCCCAUUGGGUGCUUGUCCUUCCUAUUGAUCUUACUUUUCUUCCAAGACCCUCAGAAGAACGCCCGGCCUUCCAUGGAGAGAAAGUUUCACCAACUUGAUCUCCUCGGAACGAGCAUCUUUGUGCCCUCUAUCACGUCCAUGUUGCUAGCCCUACAAUGGGGUGGCUCCAAGUACGGAUGGGGCAACGCACGGAUCAUCGUUCUCUUCAUAUUGACGGCAGUCCUUCUGGGUGCAUUCAUGUGGCAGGAGAGGAGAAGAGGUGAUAACGCCCUUCUUCCGGGACGAAUCAUGCGGCGUCGCAGUUUGCUCGCAGGAAUGUGGUUUUCCUUUUGCAACAACUCCACACUCUCCGUUUUCGAGUAUUAUAUGCCAACCUAUUUUCAAGUCGUUCGCGGCGCAUCCGCCACAGUAUCCGGUGUACUGAGCCUUCCCAUCGCGAUCGGCGUGCCUGUUGCUGUCAUGUGUGGAAGCUCCGCCACCAGCCUUCUGGGAUACUAUAACCCGUUCAUGAUUAUUACCGGGAUAUUGACGCCCAUUGCGGCAGGCUUGCUGACAUCAUUAUCAGUGGAGCAGUCCCUGACCUCUCUUCUCUGCUACCAAGCGCUCCUGGGCGUAGGAGCGGGCGUGGGCUUUCAAGGCCCUCAGGUCGCAGCCCAGACUAUUUUACCAGUCAAUGAUUCUCCCAUGGGCAUUGCCCUCAUCAUUUUUGCUCAGAAUUUCGGGCCCGCCCUCUUCGUCUCCAUCGUGCAGACCGUUUUCACGGGACAGCUGCUCACGCGUUUAGGGUCGUUGUUGCCCAACCUAGACACGUACUCGUUGUCGGCCAUGGGAAUGUCUGAUUUGGAGAAAUAUGUUCCUUCAGCUGAUAUUCCUCGGGUGAUCCAGGGAUAUGACAAGGCCUUGACGACGGCUUUCUUCCUCCCCGUCGGUCUGGCUUGCGCCAGUAUGAUUGGGGCGCUGGGGAUGGAAUGGAGAAGUGUGAAGCGAAAGGAUGUUUGA